AGUUCGUGUGCGUUUAUUGUCCUCAUCGCUUCACCCCGUUCCCUUUAUGGUGUCCAAUUCGACGAACAUGCUUUGGUCGAUUGGUGCGUCUCCAGAAGUGAUUGUAGAUAGUGCUAACGCUUAUUUACUUUUUAUUUUAUUGAAUUUAUAUGUGAAAUGCAAUAAAAAUGCUUAAAUAAUCCAAUAGUUUCAAAAAACUGUGAUAAUGAAUAACUCUAUAAUAAUAAUAUUCUUCGGUGUUUGUUUUUUGGAUAUCGUUUUUAAUUUCUCUUUGAAUCUCGCGGGUCAUAGUCAAAACGGUGAUCCGGCUCCAGGUCGUUCGCCAGGACCUCCAAUUUUUGACAAUGCGGUUAAUGAAUUGAACAGUUUGAGUAACGAAUGUCGUUUAGAAGGUAUAGUGAAAGAACAGGGAGAACAUUUGGUUAACCUGACAUUGUCUCAUGAACUUUUUGAAACUAAUGUAUUGGUUCCUGAUAUCACUUAUCAAGUUAUUUUGAAAAAAUAUAUAACAAGUUCAAUAGACUUCAUAAUAAGUUCAUCAUUUGAUGGAGAUCCCUUCGGAGAGUUUUCAACGUAUCAAGAUUGCGGACCUCACAUAGUAAAAAGUAGGCUCACGUCCGAAAUUCUUCACUUGAACUGGACAUUUCAUCCUAAUAAAGAGAACAACAAAUCUAAUGUUACAUUUAUGUUGGAAUAUUCCCCCAACAGAGAUCCUUUCGUGACCAAACUGAUUUAUGUGAUUCCCAUCAGGCAAGAGUGUCAAUUGCAACUCACAAAAGACGAAGCUGAGCUAUCGAAUCACGAUCUUCCACGUAUGUCUACCGACUGUCAAGUAUGGUUUCCUUCGCAGAAUAGUCACGGAUAUGGUAUCAUUGUAGAGUUAACCCGACUCAACGUGCCUUGUACAAGAGGAUAUAUCCAUUUCUCAGGUCUGAACAAUAGUGAGCGAGCCCUUAACGACACGACAACGCAUCCGAGAAAUGAUAAACAAACUAUUCUCUGCGGAAAAUUAGAAGAACUGUCCGAAGUUGAUCGGCAUGUAUACUUUCCAGCUUCUUCAGUUUUAUCGUCAACUCAAUUUUCACACACAAGACCAACGAUGCAUUUGAAAGGGAAACCAAUUUUUUCUAUUUCAUACCGCUUAGUCGAUUACUGCUAUAAUGUUACUUUCUUUGCCCGAAAUGGUUCUUUCGAGCUUCAACCUAAAGAACAGCUGCAAUGUAGCUUCAAAAUACAUCUUCCUUAUGGAAACAGAGUUGCUUUGAACUUAUGGCCAGGAAACACUGCACAUACAGGUUUUUCUAAUACAGCUAUCAACUUCCAAGAUAUAAAGAAUGACCAAGAGAAGUGUGACGGGCUGCUCAUUCAGCUUCAGGAUGGUAACUCUUUCUGGACACAUUGCACUAAGCCAGGAGAUGAACAGAGACAAAUUGAAAUUGUUUCAAGGGAAAAUAAAGUGAUUUUGAAAGUAACAAUCCGAAGAUCUUCUGCUAACAGUGGUAACUUUGGACUUAAAAUGUCAUAUCGCGCCAAGCCCGUGGAAAGUGUAGUGGGGGUGUGUGAAUUUGGGUGGAUAGAACUGAGUCCUUUUUGUAUCGGUGGGAUGGGGGGACUAAAGUUACCGUGGGCGCAAGCGGAAAGCGAGUGUAAUCGAAAAGGUGGACAUCUCGUGAGUGUUACGAGUAAAAGGCAUCAACAACUAUUAGAUAAUUUGAUAAUUAACAGCCCUGACUACGAUGAUGGAAAUGCUUAUUGGAUCGGAGCAUCAGAUAAAACGAACGAAGGAGACUUCAAGUGGUCGGACGGAAGCCCUUUUUCCUAUACUAAUUGGUUUCCGGGAUGGGCACAACAUGAUCAUUAUAACAAACAACCAAACGAUGACGGGCUCAGCGAUCAGGAUUGCAUUGAAGUUCGCAGAAAUUAUCUACUUCCCGUUUCAACGGCUGGUCUGGCCAAUACGUUUAUGUGGAAUGACCGAGAUUGUUCCACGUCGAAUCAUUUUAUUUGCGAGCGUUUGUUGAAUAAUGAGCCUCUUAAGGAAAAUGUCGUGUUGCAUAAUUGUAACAAAACUGUCAUACUCUCUAGAGAUCAACCCAGAAUUUCGGUUUCAAGUCCUGGAUUCCCGAGGCAAUAUCCAGAUAAUGCUAAUUGUUUUACCAAAAUAAUUGCGUCAACAGGCUACAAGAUCAUUUUGGAUUUUGAAGAACUAGUGCUGGAAGAUGAGAAAUCAUGUAGCUACGAUUUUCUUCAAAUACUUGAAGCUGAAAAUGACACAUCAUCUCCAGAUAAUAGUUCGACUUCAAGCAAUCGUCUGUGUGGUGAUUGGAGCUCCAAACUAAAAUUGUUAAGAUACGUAAGCAAAUCCUCCAGUCUCAAAUUGAGGUUUAGUUCCGAUUAUUCACAUCAUUUCGGAGGAUUCAAAAUCCGUAUUUCAAUGGAGAAUGCUUUUCAGUGUGCAGAUGACCGUUUCUCUAUGUUCAACAAUUCCUGCUACCUCAUUGUCAGUUAUCCCGAAGUAACUUGGAAUACGUCGCAACAAAUAUGUCAAGGAAUGAAGGCGAAUUUAGCAUCGGUGUUAAGUUCUGAAGAGGAACGUUUUAUCAUUUCUAGUAUACGUAAAACACCUGAAUAUCGUACAAGUGCAAUAUAUUGGUUAGGUGCUACUUCUACCUCAUCGUCUGAUUUUGAAUGGAUUGAUGAUUCUCCUAUGACUUACACGUCGUGGCUUCCCGGUUUGGCGCCUACCGAUAACGACUUACUUAGACACGUGGAGGAAAUGACCUGUCUAAGCAUACAGUGGACGCCUUUACCCGGUCCAACGUUACAAAGCGGGCUCUACUGGAAAGUACAUCGAUGCGAAGCUUUAGGUGGCUAUAUAUGUAAAAAGCAGCAUCAAGUUUUGAACGCAGCAACAAAUUACAACCAGACAAUUAACGGAACGGAGGGAUCAAUUACAUCUCCAAACUACCCCAAUAACUACUACCAUAAUUUAGAUUUGUUUAUCAGGAUAUCGGGACCCGACAAAACACGGAUAGUUAUAAAAUUCAUUCAUAUUCAUAUAGAAAGCCAAUUGGAAUGUUUAUAUGAUUACAUCGAAUUGAAAUCUGUUUAUAAACAUAAUCAAAAUUCUUCAAAUGAUAUUUUUCGACUUUGUGGAAAUCACGAGAGAGAUAUGGAUCGAUUUAAUUUUGUUUCAGAGACAAACGAAGUAGAUAUUAAAUUUCAUACUGAUUAUUCCAUCUCUGACAGGGGAUUUUCUUUAAUUUGGUAUACGGUAGAUGUAUCAGCUUGCCCAUUGCAAACUUUAACUGCCACAGAAGGUACGUUAACAACUCCAAACUAUCCAGAUUUUCUUCUAGCACACUUAGAUUGCACAGUAACCAUUUUGGCUCCAACCGGUAAGAGAAUCUGGCUAGAAUUUUUCACUGGAGAAGGUGGAGUGCUGGAAAUUGUCAGCCAGUCGGAAGACUUCAAUGUGGAAAUCAUGUUGGGUCAACGUUUAUCCGUACAUCGUCUAUUUGAAACGAGUACUCUAUUAACAGAAGGUAGCUUUGUAUCAAAGAAAGAAAAAAUGAAAAUUAAACUACACACUGGUCACCAUCCUCUCGGAUCUGGCUUUCGAGCUUCUUAUAGAAUAAUUAGCGCAGUUAAAGAAGAGAAAACCAUUACAUUGGGAAAUUAUACAUCUGGAUUAGUGUUUCAUCUUAAUUACCCUGAUAGACCUCCAUCAAACACCGACUUCACACAAAAUUUCAUAGCUCCUUUGGGUAGUAUUAUUUUAUUGGAACUGUAUAACGUGAAACUAGUCGACGCAGAAUGCAUUGAUCGAACAAGCUUCUUAGAAAUUUUCGAUAAUUAUUCUGAUAUAAAUGGGACAACUUGGAGAUUGUGUUACGAUCCUCAAAUAGAUGGAUCUCCGAUACCAACUUCCCCAAUAUAUAUUUCAUCAUAUCUAAAUACCAUUCAUUUGAGACAAGUACAUGGACCCCACGGAAUUCCUCUAAACGGAACUCUGAAAGUACAAUUCGAUGCUAACUACAAGACUAAAUUAAUUAAUUACAAAGAUAGAGAGGUGGAAUCAUGUAAUCCAAAUCCUUGUGAGAAUGGAGGGAAAUGUAUUGCUAAGAAUUCUACAAAAUUUUGUCAGUGUACGGGAUAUUACACAGGUUUAUUUUGUGCCUUAACGAAAUGCGAGCUGGAUCCUUGUGCUUUCGGCACUUGUGAAUUGGCAGGAACUAGCUAUAAAUGUCACUGUAAACAGGGUUAUGUGGGAAUCAUAUGUGAGCAGAAACGUCGACCUUGCGAAGGAAAUCCUUGUGAGAGUCGAGGUAUCUGUAUAGAAAAAGGAGACAGCUUCCAGUGUCAGUGUCAUGCUUGGUGGGAAGGGAGGAGAUGUGAAAGAAGAAUGUUGCACAUUCCUUAUAAACCAUUAAGUGAAAGAAUGCUUCACGAACCAUUCUGGUUGGGCCUCAUGACAGUUUUUGUUGUUAUGGGAGUUAUAGGAAUGGUAUGGUGCGCAAAGAGACAUUUUCCGGAAAAAAUCGAAAAAUUGUUAGCCGAAGAGGAGAGCAGAAAUAGAAGUGCAGUAUCUUCAUUGCGAAGUUCAUCAGUGAGAGAACAAUUAGCAGCGGCAUCUGGAGGUAGUGCUGCAAACACCACGAAUCAGAAUUCAGGAUCAUCACGAUCGCUCUUCGGACGCCUGGGUAUUCGAAAGCCAUCAAUUCUCAGCCUCACCAGUCCACACGCCAGCAGUUAUGAGGCCGCCACAGCUCGAACUUUUAGUUUGGACGAUUUGUUAAAACCUCCCUUGAGACGUACACCAUCGCCAAAGAAAAAGAGAAAUAAUUCUACACCAACCAAGAAAAACAUAGCUGAUAAAAGGCAAAUUCUUCAGCAACUGGUUUCUCCAAAACCCUGUGCGAAAAAAGUUAGUUUAGGAGAACUAAUACAGUUAAGUGAAAUAAAGCCUGAUUCUGAGAGUAAUGUGGCGAAUGGCAAAGACAAAGAAACCAAAUUUGUGGCUAAUACUUUAGAAGCUGCUCUCAUAGAUCCAAAACUAGAGAAGAAAGUAACUUUCGCUAGGUUGCUCAACAAAGUGUCUGCAGAAAUGAGUUCAGGAAGCGAAGUCGAAUUAGGUAUUAUGCAGACCAAUCGAUUGGGAUGUAUGUUUGCGAGACCUUCAAGUACACCACCUUCUCCAAGUGUGGAUGCAAGAUCUCCGAACAGCACUUCUAGUAAUCAAGAUUUGCUGAUCAACAGGAGACACAACAGACUUCUGAAUGGACAGCAGAAACCAGCCAGUGCUGAUUCCAUCUUAGCAAUGUUUCGAAACUUCUCUUCGAGCUCUGCAGCUGCAAACUAUUCAUCGUCCUUGAAGAUAACACCUUCGACGACACCAACAGCUUCGAGUCCUCAAGAUGAUUUAGUUGGCGAUGACGAUUCAUCCACAUCUUCUAUUCACACACCUGUCUCAUUCUCUAGUGGAGUACUAGAGAGUCCAAUUAUGCAUCGUAAUACUUUACAAGGAACCAUUGAAGUACCAGUACUCGAUCCAUUGAGCGCACAUAAAUCAUCUAGUAGCGGAAGCAAUUUGUUGCAUCCACCAACCAUUUUAUUGGAAAUACCAAAUACAAUCAAUAAGUGCCUUUCGCCAAUUAGAGAAAUGCCUACUCCUUUGCCAUCACCAAUGCCUUCACCUGCUUUAACUCCAAUACCAACCAGACGCAGCAAUCCUACAUCUACUUUGGAAGACGCAGAAUUGAGUGAUGAUAGGAUCUCGGUUGAAAUACCAAAUUUUUCGAUGAGUACUGAUAUUGAUGAUGAUGAAAUUUUGUGUUCGGAUAUUCUAAUAGAUCCUCAAGCAGAAGAUGGUCUCAUCCUAGAAGAGGCUGCGGCUAUGCAACAGUCCGUCGGAUUUAAAUCGAAGAAUCGACCACCGCCAAUUGGUCAGACACAAGACAAAACUAAGCCAUCAAUAACGAUCACUGUUGAUCCACCUCCCCUCGUAAUUCCAACGUUAACGGUACAAAUGCCAUCACCAACUUUUCCAGGUUCCCCUCCCCCACAUAGAGCAUCAGUGUCAAACUCAACAUGUUUCCAGUUUCCAUCGCCAAAACUGUGUAGAAAACUGCUGAAAGAUUUUGAUAAACCUACUUCAUUAGAUUUGCCUUGUGCUCCGCCGUUGAUAACUAUUACAUGUAACAUGAACGAAAUAGAAUCGGAUACAGAAUCGAUAUCACCAGCUACAAAAUCUUCCGGAGUAUUACAAGGUACUUCAGCAAGUAUGACUUACUUAAGUCCCUUUUCAAUUAAUCAUAGAGGAGAACAUACUGCGUCGGAAAGUAACUUGAGUAGCUCUGGAUACAGCUCUAUGGCAAGCCCAGGUCCAUCCAGAUGUAGCUCCAACAAUCCUUUAUGCCCCACAGAAAUGGACGAUCAAGGAUCUGGUGGGUUUAAUCGGAGGCCAUCACUAACGCCUACAAUAAAAUUGAAUCCCAGUAAUCAGCAAAGUACUUCUCAGGACCGCGGCCGGAGAUCAGAUUCUGAAACUUUAUCUGACGAAGCUCAAGUGGAAUCUAAUGAUGAAGGGAUUGGCACAGAUCACCUUGAUGAAAAAAUAGAUGAAGGGGAGCUGAAAAGUGCUAGAGAGCUCGAAGUUUUUAUGGUUAAUGAUAAUGAAACUUGCAAAACUCUACUUAAUUUACCUACAUUCCCUAUACAAAAAACCGCUAAAUGUUUGAGUUCGGAAGAUACCGUAGACAGAUUACUACCACCUUUAACGGCUAGCAAGAACUCUCUACAACUUCCGUCAAUAAUUGUACAAUGUGAGUCACCCGGAUGUGACAAACACCUUAGUCCGAUGAGUUCCAGAAGUGAAAGUCCUUUAAGUGAUCGUACAACGGGUUUAGGAAGAUUCUCACCUCAGUUCUAUGGCAGACACAAGGAUAUAUUACCUUUUACAGAUUCAGAUGGAUUAUACGACUUUCCCAGCUCAGAUAAAGUUAACGUAAUAUCAUGUACCCAUCACAGAAAACCGGGAAGAAAAAGAGAGAAAAAAAUAUCGCGUAAUUGUAAGUCACCUAGUCCAACAAAACAUACGCAACCAACUUUUUCUAGUCAAAUAGAUAUACCUAACAAAGAUAUGUACAAAGUUCCCCAGCUAAGAAAACUAAGUCCAAAACGUAGAAUCAAUCGUUCUCAAGUAGUAAGCUCAUCUUCAAGCUCUGAUAGUUUAACAUCUUCUACAAAAGAGGUGAGAUUGUCCACUUCCAGUCCCAGCCCAGAUACGAUUCGGUGGGCUUCACCUGUUUCUUGGAUGGGAGAUAAACGAGAGAAGAUAACUCAGAGUAUAUCUGAAGGAGAGUCAUUUCCAUUAACCAGGUCACAAGAUUUUCCCAAAACUUGCGGCAGUCAUCAAAAAGUUAGUAGACUGCGAGCAAUAAGUCAUCAAAUCAGAUUCUUGAGGCGACUAGAGCAAAGCCUGAAAAAACGGGAAAGAACAGUGUGUCCUUCAGACAGCUUCGACAGCGACGAUGAAUCUCCUAGAGCAACUUCCCCACUCCUUCAACCAUCACGAAGCACAAAAAUGAGAAAAAGCUGUAGUAUUGGGAAACUACAGGGAACCAAUAAAGAAAAAAUAAAAGGCAGAUACGCACGCGAAGAUAUAUUUCUUCCACAAAAACAGUCUUCGUUGAAGGUUGUUACGACAGGAAAUGGAUAUUCCGAAUAGUCCUAAACGAAACAUGGAAAUUCAGCGUGAUUAUCAAUUAAAAGAGAGUUCUACGUAAAAUAUAUUGAAAAAGAUGAACAAUCAAUAUAUUGAUUAGUUUUUUUUUUAUUUUAGUCUUAUUUAUAAUGAUUAAUAUCAAAUCAUGUCGAAUUUCCAUGCAUCUGUUUAGUUACGGGUUUGAAAAAAGAAAACUUUCCAAAUAUAACAAAGCUGCACUUUCACUUAUUAUAAACACUUUUCCAAUUGUAACAUAAUGCUGACUGCACUUACUCUACUUCAUCCACUAAUUUAAAUUAAUAAAGUUUAUUUAAGAAAGAGAAGGAUAAUUACUGAAUAUUAUACAAAGUAUACGUAAUUGAUGUAAUUUGAAUUACGAAUUUGCCUUUUUAAAAUUUUCGCAGAAGCUGACCAUAUAUAAAAAUUGUUCACAUCUAGCCUUCAAUUGAAAUAUAACGUAAUAGACAUGUAUAGAGCUUUUUCUCUCGAAUAUAAUUCAUUUGAUUUGAGUUUCUCAGAGGUUUGUAUAUUUUGAGAACAUGUUGUUCAGUCUUUAGAAUUAUUGGAAUUAUUUGAUUGAUUCUUAGGUGAUAAUGAGAUAAUAUAUUUAAAUGAUUCGUAUUGUGUCGUAUUCAUAAUUAUAAAAGGAUCUUAUAUCAAAAAAACAAUUUUCACACUUACUCUCUGUGUCAGUUUGUUUGUUCCGAACAAAAGGCCAAUGUAUCAAGGAGUAUUUGAAGCUCCUUCUAUAUUAGGAAUUUUCAUUCAUUUUACGGGUAACUUGAAAAUAAAAUUGAAACCAAUGAAAUUGUUGAAAAUAUCUAAUUUAAAUAUAGACCAGUCGUUUUAGGCUAGGCUGCGGAAAACUUCCUCUUGAGCUCAAUUUUUGUUUACAACUUUAUUAUGGUAAAAAAUGUGGAAAACCGGUUAAAAAUAUAUUUAUUUUGAUGUUAAAAUAUCACGAAAAUCAGUUUUUCGCAGAUAUCUCGUGACCUAUUACUCCAAUUGUCAUCAUUAUGAAAAUUAUUAUUCAUAAGAUUAUCUAUAAAAAAAUGCCUUUAGCAUGUUUCAGUGAAAUUAACCGAUUUGGCAAUAGAGCGCUGAGAAAGCUAUAUUUUAAUUAUGCAUUCGUUUCCUCACAUUUUUUUACAUGGUUACCUAUGUAGACAUAAUCUAUAAUAUGAAAUUUUUCAUUUGAAUACUGAACAAUACUGAAAAUUGAAGUUUUUUUAAAACUAUACAAAAAACUUAACAUUUCGGCAUCUCUAUAGAUGCGUAAAUGUUGAAUUUUUGUCACUGCCAAAAUACGUCACAAAAUAAACAUGAAAUUUUACUUUUUGAAAGAUUUAUUUAUAAUAUAGUAAAUUAUCAAUUGAUUUCAAAGUAUUCAUCUUAAAACAAUUUCUUUUAUUGAAAUACUGAUUGAUAGCAGUUGAAGUUCAAGCAAUAACAACAUAAAUUUCCGAAGAUAUUUCUUGUUGCUGCUGAUCAGAAACGUUAGAUAUUUUUUGAGGAGUUAGAGUAAUCAGAUAUUUUAAUUUGUUUGGAAGAAGAUGCACAAUUCAAUAUUUUCUUUAGACAUCACUAUUUUGUUAUUCAAAUUAUCUUCAAUAUAUGCUCCAAAAGCAAAUUUCCAGCCACUGUGACAUUUUAAAGAUAUAAUUUUGCCCCCUGCAUUGGCCCGAAUAGUUACUGGUUACUAUUUCCUACUGUUCACUAUGACUAUUUAUUAUUUCUAUAAGUUUAAAAAGUAAACAAACAAAAAUAAAGAGACAACAAAAAGAUCUUCCUAGAAA